CCUUGCUCUUUUUGUAUUGUAAAAAUAAAGUUUCAGAAAGGAACGAAGCUUAGAAAAGUAACGACAAAUGAUCGCUCCGCUCCUAUGGUAGGAGGAAAGCCUAGCUCCUCUUCGUCUUCAGCGCCUUCUAUAACUAAUCAGUUGGAAAGAGAACCGAAGCCGGUACUCGAAAUUGUAGGUUCCGGUGUUCGUACAUACGGUGGCAGCGGGGCUUCUAUAGGUGGCCUUUUUGCAAAUGGGCUUCCUUCAAAGCCUAGUGAAAACAAAAUUCGAAGAGCUAAUACCACAGUUACUCCUGCAGCUGCACCAUCUCCGCCACCACCUCCAGUGCCGUACUCAGGGCGAAAUUUUUCGGCACCACCACCUCCGGCUAUGAAGCCUUCAGAUUUAGUUUUCUCUAAUAAACCAUCUCCUCCACCUCCACCUAUUCAAGCUGCCAAGCCAAUUGUUAACUCAUCUUCGGGUGGACGAGAACAAUUCAAGACGAUGCGGCCAGUGAGGUCAGAAACGACCCGAGUGAGCUCCGGAUUGCGGAGGAGUGGCAGCUCAGAGGAUGUUUCUCGCGAGAGCACUCCGGUUCGAGCACCUAUAGCACGACCGACCGUUCCACCACCAGGUAGACCGACAGCUCCUCCACCUCCACCACCCACAAUGCGGUUCAAUAGUAACCACACUACGGAACCACCUCCUCCACCUACUGUUCCACCAGUUACUUCAGGUCUACCCAAUAGUUAUUGUGCACUCACAGAUUUGGAAGUACUCCUGCUAUGGGCGCCAGGAUAG